AGAUGCUCGGGCCAGCAGCCACCACCACCAGCCCCGUCUCCGCUGCCGCCCGCGCCCGCAGCCCCCCGGGCCCCCACUAGCGGCCGCCUCCGCUUCUUAUCUCCGGCCCCCCGCCCUGAACAGGGCCUUGGGAGGGGGGUUCGGCCCUCCGCAUCUGUGGGGAACCACCAAGAAAGGGCACAGAGAGGGUGUCCUGUCCCCUCUGCACCCCACUGGCUCAGCCAAGUGCCGGCUUCGGUGAUCUUUGAGAGACCAGGACCCCACCCCCCAGUUCUCCAUCCCAUACCCCCCCCACCCUCUCCACCCUGCUCUUCCCUGUCCGCCCAGCUCUGUCAGCGCUCUCCCCCCUCCCGCUUCCCUCCCCACCGCUCCCCUCCCCCUCCUCACCGCCCCCUCCCCUCCCCCUCCUUCCCCUCCCCCUCCCCCGCCCCCCCACCAUGAGGAUGAUGGCCGCCGGCGCGGUGCACGGCCUCUUCACGGCCUCCGCGGCCCCGCAGCCGCCGCCGCCCCCGCCGCCGCCGCCGCCGCCGCAGCCCCAGCCUCCCCAGCAGCCGUCCCCGCCGCCACAGCAGCCGCCGCCGCCGCCGCAGCCGCCGCAGCAGCAGCAGCCGCCGCCCCAGGCCCCCCCCAUGGAGCCCGAGGCCCCAGAUUCCCGCAAGAGGCCCCUCGAGACACCCCCCGAGGUGGUCUGCACCAAGCGCAGCAACACGGGAGAGGAAGGCGAGUACUUCCUGAAGGUGCUCAUCCCCAGCUACGCAGCCGGCUCCAUCAUUGGCAAAGGUGGCCAGACUAUCGUGCAGCUGCAGAAGGAGACAGGAGCCACCAUCAAGCUAUCUAAGUCCAAAGACUUCUACCCAGGAACUACAGAACGGGUAUGCCUAGUACAGGGCACUGCAGAGGCCUUGAAUGCCGUUCACAGCUUUAUCGCAGAGAAGGUCCGAGAAAUCCCUCAAGCGAUGACCAAGCCCGAGGUGGUCAACAUUCUUCAACCCCAAACUACGAUGAACCCCGACAGAGCCAAGCAGGCUAAGCUCAUCGUCCCCAACAGCACGGCGGGACUGAUCAUCGGUAAGGGGGGAGCGACCGUGAAGGCGGUGAUGGAACAAUCCGGCGCCUGGGUGCAGCUGUCGCAGAAGCCCGAGGGCAUCAACCUACAGGAGCGCGUGGUGACCGUGAGCGGCGAGCCCGAGCAGGUGCACAAGGCCGUGAGCGCCAUCGUGCAGAAGGUACAGGAAGACCCGCAGAGCAGCAGCUGCCUCAACAUCAGCUACGCCAACGUGGCGGGGCCCGUGGCCAACUCCAACCCCACCGGCUCGCCCUACGCCAGCCCGGCAGAUGUGCUGCCCGCCGCGGCCGCCGCCUCUGCCGCUGCCGCUUCGGGUCUGCUUGGCCCCGCAGGGUUGGCGGGCGUGGGCGCCUUCCCCGCCGCGCUGCCCGCCUUCUCGGGCACCGACCUGCUGGCCAUCAGCACGGCGCUCAACACGCUGGCCAGCUACGGCUACAACACCAACUCGCUCAGCCUUGGCCUCAACUCGGCCGCCGCCUCGGGCGUCCUGGCCGCUGUGGCCGCGGGCGCCAACCCCGCCGCCGCCGCCGCUGCCAACCUCCUGGCGUCCUACGCGGGCGACGCCGGGGCGGGGCCGGGAGCGGGGGCAGCACCGCCGCCGCCACCGCCCCCUGGAGCGCUGGGCUCCUUCGCGCUGGCCGCGGCCGCCAAUGGCUACCUCGGUGCGGGCGCGGGGGGCGCGGCUGGAGCGGGGGGCGCGCCCCUGGUGGCCGCCGCGGCUGCGGCCGGGGCUGCCGGCGGCUUCCUGACGGCCGAGAAGCUGGCGGCCGAGAGCGCCAAGGAGCUGGUGGAGAUCGCGGUGCCCGAGAACCUGGUGGGGGCCAUCCUGGGCAAAGGGGGCAAGACGCUGGUGGAGUACCAGGAGCUGACGGGUGCGCGCAUCCAGAUCUCCAAGAAGGGCGAGUUCCUGCCCGGCACGCGGAACCGGCGGGUCACCAUCACGGGCAGCCCCGCGGCCACGCAAGCCGCUCAAUACCUCAUCAGCCAGCGGGUCACCUACGAGCAGGGGGUGAGGGCCUCAAACCCACAGAAAGUGGGAUGAGGCCUGUGGUGUGCGUCCCCACCCCCUCCCGCUCCUCUUCCCUCCUCCUCCUCUCCCAACUCCCGCCAGACUUCAGCUUGGUGUGACUCCUGCUUGGUUUGGGAUGGGGCUGGGGUAGGCCUGGCUGCACCCUCCGUUCUGGUAGUCAUAGGCAGGAUUGAGUGGCGGCUGGGGAGGGGGCUUUUGAGCCCCCUUUCCAGCCUUGAACUGACCCCUCCUCCCUCCUUCCCUGUGCUUGACUGGGCCUGACCCGCCUCUCCCAGGGACCAGGUCUAUGUGAUAUCUGUAUAUAUUGCAUUUUGUUGAUUUUAAUAGAAAACAAAGCGUUA